AUGAUGGCGUCGAGCUACAACGCUAAGGAAGAGGACGGACACCACUCCGGCGCUUCGAGCGCUUCGAGCGGCACUGGCGUUUCGAAAAAUAACAAACCGGACAACACGGCGUUCAAACAACAGAGACUUCCAGCCUGGCAGCCCAUCCUCACAGCAGGUAGUGUGCUGCCGGCUUUUUUCGUCAUUGGGCUAAUCUUCAUCCCGAUCGGCAUCGGCCUGUAUGUCACAUCCAACAACAUCAAAGAGUUUGAGAUCGACUACACUGGUGUGAGCAGUGAUCUACACUGCUACAUCUGUGCAAAGAACUUCACCUGGAACUCCACAGAGCCCUGUGGCUGCACCGUCAACUUCACUUUGGACCAGCCGUUUGAGAGCAAAGUCUUCAUGUACUACAGCUUGUCCAACUCCUACCAGAACCACAGACGCUAUGUGAAGUCCAGGGAUGAUAGACAGCUGAACGGUGACCAGUCUGCUCUGACGGACCCCAGCAAGGAGUGUGAGCCGUACCGUAAGAGCGGCGAUGUGUCCAUUGCUUCGUGUGGGGCCAUAGCUAACAGCCUUUUCAACGACUCUCUGGUGCUGUACUACGUCGAUUCCAACAACAGCAAAAAGGAAGUUCCUCUGGUAAAAAAAGGCAUUGCGUGGUGGACAGACAAGCAUGUGAAAUUCAGGAAUCCCGCUGGAAACAGCAACCUGACUUCAGCUUUCCAAGGCGCAGCAAAGCCGGUGAACUGGGCGAAACCGGUGUACGAGUUGGACCCGUCGGAUCCCGAUAACAACGGCUUUAUCAAUGAGGACUUCAUCGUGUGGAUGCGCAAGGCUGCAUUGCCCACCUUUCGGAAACUCUAUCGCAUCAUCCAGAAGAAUUCUGGCGCCACCCCAACUCUCCCCAACGCGAAUUAUAUGUUGAACAUCACCUACACUUUUUGUCUACAUGAGAUGCAGGAACAGUCUGUGGAGCAUGAGAAACCAUACUUCUUACUCCUAUCAAAGGGAACAAGGAUCUCUAUUUGA